CAUCUGGCAAGGCAGUGGGCACCGAGUCACCAGGCACGACAGUGGGCUCUUGAGUCAAUUGGCACGACAGCGGGCACCGGGUCAUCAGGUACCGGAUCGUCUGGCUCGACAGCAGGCACCGGGUCAUCUGGCGCUGGAUUGUCUGGCUCGACAGCGGGCAUCGGGUCCUCAGGUACCGGAUCGUCUGGAUCGACAGCGGGCACCGGGUCAUCUAGCGUUGGAUCGUCUGGCUCGACAGCGGGCAUCGGGUCACCAGACAUGACAGCAGGCACUGGGUCAUCAGGGAUUGCGGGCACUGGGUCAUCAGGCGUUGGAUCGUCUGGCUCGACACAUCGGGCA